AUGGCUGGUCAGAAUUCAGCUGCUAUUUCUUCUUUGCUCACCGGCGCUCUCGAUCUCAAGUCUGUCGGCGUCUUCUUGCUGAUUUUCCUGGUGGUCUUGAGGUUUUUCCGAGACCGACAGAAGAACCUUCCCCCGGGGCCGUGGCGAUGGCCCCUGCUGGGGAACAUUCCCGCGCUGGCCCGGUCCACGAAGCUCAUCCAUGAGUUGUUUGCGGAGUGGGGCUGGCAGUACGGCGGCGUCAUGUCGGUCGGGUUAUCGCCCGGUAGGUCUCCUAUCACCGUCAUCAGCGACAUCGAUGCAGCUAAGGAGUUGCUGCUGAAUAAAGGAGAACGGCUCCUGGACAGAGCCCCUGUGCCGUCGUUAUCAACAGUCACGGGUACAAAAGGAAGUUUUCUCUGGGCCGACGGCGAGACUGGCAAAGAGCAGCGACACUUCGGCCUCGGCGCCUUUCGAAAACUCGGAGUCGGCAAGAAGAGCCUGGAGCACAAGAUCACCGAGGAGGCUCGAUACCUGGUCGAGAGAAUCGAAAAUGAAAAGAAUCGAUCCUUCGAUCCCAAUCUCAUCAUCCACAACGCGGUGUCCAACAUCAUCUGCACCGUCUGCUUCGGGUACCGUUUCGAUUACGACGACCCGAAUUUCAAGAAGUUGGUGCGCAGUCUGCAGUAUAUCUUGCACACUACCGGUGUAGGAUCGCUGGCAAAUAUAUUCCCCGUGCUUCUCCUAACUCCGCUCUACUCCAAAGUUCAAGGAUGUCUGAGAUACAUAAGAGAACGGAUCAACGGAAUUGUUCAGGAACACCGGGAUUCUUAUGACCCUAACGAUUACCGGGACUUCAUCGACAUGUACAUCGGAGAGAUUGAUGAGACGGAGCGGAAAGGCGCCGCGGGGGACGCGACCUUCGCCUAUCAGCACAUCUGGCGGGCGAUCUUCGACAUGUUUGCUGCGGGCACGGACACAACCUCAAACACGAUCCUGUGGGUGAUAGCUGCCGUGCUGAAUCACCCCGAGGUACAAGAAAAGAUCCAGAGAGAGAUCAGUGAGGUGGUUGGAGGUGACCGGCAGCCAUCUUGUGAGGACCGUCCCAGCAUGCCCUACACCAACGCGGUCCUGAACGAGAUACAGCGCUUACGGCCCGUUGCGGCCUCUGCGCUACCCUACAAGGCGACUCGAGAAAUCAAGUUGAGAGGUUACACCAUCCCGAAAGGCGGGCCUGUGUUUUUUGCCCUGUGGGCGAUGAUGAACGAUCCCAGGGUUUGGGAUCGACCGGAGGAGUUCAACCCCGACCGCUUUCUGAGCAAAGACGGCACGAAACUCAUCCAACACGAGAGGUUCAUACCCUUCUCAAUAGGUCGACGGAGUUGUCUUGGCGAGGGACUGGCCAGGAUGGAGAUGUUCCUGUUCGUCACCAACCUGUUCCAGAGGUUCACUUUCAAGCUGCCGUUGGGGGCGCCCAAACCGUCCAUGAGGGGUGUCCCCAGCUUCACCUACGUACCAGAGCCGUUCGAUGUGUGCGCGGUUAAACGCUAAAUACUAAAAAGGGGACAAGUUUUUUUUUCAAGAUGGAAUGAAUUGGAAUUUUCGACCUAUAGCACUGACUCACUGUCACCUGUGAGCUGGGCAGUGCUAUUGUAUAGGAUUACCCCAUAACGACAAUGAAUAGGCUGAAUCCGGCUUAUUAAGUUAAAAGUGGGUACAACAAAAGUGUUAUAUGCUAAGCACUAUUUAUGUUUGUAGUGGUAUUGACUGAAUGUAAACAGACGCCAACUAUUUCUUUUACAAGAAUUUUAUUUUAUAAUAUCAACGAUUCUUUUGUACUGUUGUGCACCAAUUUUAAUGACACUUCGGUCAAAUUUCUAUUAAUGUUGAAUGAAUUGCUCUUUUUUAGUGUGAAUAAGUUGAGAAGGUAUAGUUUAACCAGAAUAUAAUUUAUGCUUCGAUAAAAAAAAAAAAAUUGUAUCAAUAGCAAAUGGCGUGGUUCCCACUGACCCAAUUUGCCCCCAAAUAUGGCCUAACUAAAUCAGGUAUAGGUGGCUUCUUGGUUCGUUCGUAACAGGCCUUGGAAUGUACCCCUGUGUACUACAGUAAUACAUCAGCUGGGCCAACUCCUGCCCCAGGCCCUGUGCUACUUUAAAUGGGUCUUCAAGACGUGAGGGAGGACAUUGUCGGUCUGCUCAUAUGGGUCUUGGCCAUUGAUCUUGAUCCAACACGUGGCAACAGAUCCGAUAGACUCCACGUAAAGCCAUUGCGUACCUCUAUCAACGCGUGCAAAACCGCCAGAGCUUAUUGUGCACUCGCGCUCGCACGUGGUGUUUUUUUUUUCACGUCUGUACUUUUUCAAGAGAAAGUUCAUACUUUAAAAUAGCGCAGGUACUAAACACCCCGUGAGAUUUCGCAAUCUGGCUUGCUAGCUGUCAUUUAGGAGAAAUAAAUAAAUAUUUAGGUGACUUCCAACGAUCUGUAAAUUGACUGAUUUGUUUUUAAUAUUGAGUGCUACUGACGAAAUCAAAAGUGGGUUGUGCAUGGUUUUUCACUAAUUGCUUGAAUAGUUUAAUAUCCAAUGAGCUUAAACUUCAGGGUUUUGAACAUUUGCCCACCGCCGUAGUACCAUUUUGAUUUGCCAGUAGACGUUAUAGGCUUCCUUAACUUUGACUAUAAAUAAAGCAAUUGGACUACUAAAGUUCGCUGUAUGCGUCGUCAGCAAUGAGCAGAGUA